AUGGCCUCAACUACCAAACAGGCCGCCCGUGCCGCUCUUCCUUUGACCGAUCGCGAGUCUUUUGCUGCUCAUUUAAAGAAAUGUCGGCGUAUCGUCGCUUUGGUGGGUGCUGGUCUCUCUGCAGCCUCGGGUCUACCAACUUUCCGCGGCGCUGGAGGACUCUGGCGUACCCACGAUGCAACCGAUCUAGCGACCCCAGAAGCAUUUGACGAAAACCCGGACCUAGUUUGGCAGUUCUACAGCUUUCGUCGACACAUGGCGUUGAAAGCAGCCCCGAAUAAGGGACACUAUGCGUUGGCGGAGUUGUCGCGAAAGAAUAGAGACUUUAUUACCCUUUCUCAGAAUGUCGACGGUCUAUCGCAACGAGCACAACACCCUCCUGGACAGUUACAUCUACUCCACGGCUCACUUUUCGAUAUCAAAUGCACUGAUUUCUACUGCAAAUACACCCGGGAGGAUUUUACUGACCCUAUUGUUCCCGCUUUGGCCAUUCCCAAGAAGUCAUCGCUCAAGAAUAAUGAAAAGAAAGAAGAAAAUGUGGUGGCACAGCAAACGGAUAAACCGUAUGGCGAUCAAGAGAAGGAGGCUGAAGAGGACCAGAAGGUGGGCGAUGAGAAGAAAAAGUGCAAGGAAGAGAACAAAGAUGAGUCCGAUGAAGAGAUCGACAUCUCCGACAUCAGCAAUCAUAUCCCCAAUAUCUCGAAUGAAGAGCUGCCCCAAUGCCCGGAAUGCAAGGGUCUUCUCCGACCCGGAGUGGUCUGGUUUGGAGAGCCCCUGCCCACCACUACAUUGGAAACAGUUGAGAACUGGAUGGACUCUGAGCCUAUUGAUCUGAUGCUCGUCAUCGGCACGAGCGCUCAGGUCUCCCAGCUGCGGGCUACGUUGAUGAAGCCCGUGACCAGGGAGCACGAGUAG